GCUGAAGCAAUUUUUAACAACUCUGCUUCAUUUCAUUUAAAAACGCCCUGUCAAACAUUUUGACAGCGGUGUACGCCCAACUGAACAUACCCAAAGCAGCGGCUUUUUCAUAUGUUGAGCAAAAUUUGUGCAAGAAUGUUCGUUACCUAUGUGGUUCGGAAUUAGCAGUCAUACAGUUGUUAAAUAAAAGUUAAAUUGUGCAACAAAAAAAGCAUAGAUAAAGUAGAAAACGUCAUUGAUAGUGCGGAUUCUUUAAACUUAAUUACAUGCAUAAAGAAGGCAUGGAAAUUGUUGAAUCGGCAGCAGAGGGUAGCAAAAAACAGAUGAACGAAGUGUUAACAGUAGCAGCGUCGUCGGCGGAGGACAUUGGCAAUAGCAACGUGACUGGUAGUAGCGCUGCUAACAGUUCUGCAGCUGCUGCUUCAACAACGGAUAAAAAAAAAGAAAAUACGUCAAAAACUGCAACCAUUGGAUCAACUGACGUCAAAGAUAUGGAUAUCGAGAUUGAAGAAAUUCAACCAAAGUCUUCAGCACCGGCAAGUUUUUCAAAAGUUGAUGAGAAAACACAACAGCCGUCUGCUAAAUUAACAUCCUCUGUUACUGUCGCUUCAUGUAAACGCAUAGAUCAUGAUAUGCCCAUUAUAUCAAUAUCGGAUGGAGAAGAUGCAGUGGGUCAGCAUACACCAACAACUGCGCAAAAAGUUAGCCGUAAACGUAAUAGUGUAGGUGCAGCUAAAGCUGAGGAUGAGCAAUUUCUUUUGAAACGGCGUAAAAUUAAAGUGGCCGGUGCGCCAAAAAUGCCCUUAACAGGUUAUGUUCGUUAUAUGAAUGAUCGCCGAGAGUCGCUACGCAAGGAACUGCCCCUAAAAACGGCGAUUGAGCAUACAAAAAUCAUCGGUGAGGAAUGGCAAAAGAUGACAGAGGACAAAAAAGCACCCUAUAUGAAGGCAGCUGAGCUGGAUAAGCAACGCUAUCUCGAUGAAUUGCACACAUUCCUUAAAGAACGUCCUGAUGUGUUGGCCUGUGAGCUGGCGAAGAGUAAGCAGCAAAAGAACAAAGGUCCUGGGGAAGCUGGAAAACCCGUAUUGAAGGAGAAAUCGCAAUCAUCUGGCAAUAUCAAAUCACCGAAUAAAGAGCCGCACGUCAGCACAAACGCCGCCAGCAAGGAUAAAUCGCGCCGCAAUUCCGAAAAGGAUAACUCGCCACCGCCGGCUGCAACAGCAACAGCAACAGACAACAAACAUCGACGUAAGCGUACACCAACACCUCCUCGCGCACAAAGUAGCAAUAACAACAGAAACGCCAUCGCUUACACAAGCACCCCAAACAAUGCCACUUCUGGCAACAAUCACAACAGCAAACCAACAACAGAAACAAAUGAUAAUGCCGCAUCAACUCUCUUAUCCGCCACAGUC